AUGCUGUGGACGCCUCUUCCUGGGAGGCCUCGUUGCCCGUCCUGCGGGGGCAGCUGGGGGGGCCUCGCUCUGUCCUCUGAUGGUCAGCUGGCGCGAUUGCUUCCCCCUGUUACGGUUGUCAGGCAGCAGCAAAUCCACGACCUCGAACACAAGCCAGCCUCUUCUGACGUGUCGGACACCAUCGCAAACCAAAGCCACUUGCGAAAGAUUCCUGGAGCACCGUCUCCACUGCCCGUAGCCAUUGUAUCGACAGCGGCGGGAUUGGCAGCAGCAGCAGCAGCGGCUUCUGCAGGCAAGCACAUGAACAGAAUAUGCGAAUGCACUGUAGGACCCUAUGCCAAAGCGGAGGGGUCCAGCACUCUCGCUGCCCCUCCUCCGCCUCCGCCUGGUUCCACCGCACCCGUUGCUGGAAUGGGGACGUCGGCUGCUGAUUCAAGGAAGACUCCUACAUGGAGAGAUAGCAUAUUUACGGCAGCGCUGGCAGCAGCAGACGCCAUAGAAGCAAAGCCCGCCAAAGGAAGCCCCACUUCGGUACACGUCGCGAAAGCAGCAGCAGCAGCUGCUGCUGGGGUGGCUGCAGGCUCGGCUGGCGCUGCCAGCGGCAGCAAGCACAACAAGCACAGUACUUCUGCCGAGGAAAAUGCUAUUGCGCUGCUGUCUCUGAGCACCUCGGCAGCGACUGUAGCGUUGCUUGAUAAGGACACUGCAGCGUUGUUGGCGCAUGUCGCGUCUUCGCUGUCUCCGGCUGUUCUCAGUUCUGCUGCCGUCCUGCCACUGAUACGCCUCCUAGGGCACGUAAGGGACUUGUGGAUCCAGGAUAUUACCCGCGCAGGGGCCUUUAGAGGGGGAGGCCCUUCGCCCGGGGCGCCUUCCCAGGGGCCCCCCUGGGAUCCGCCAGUCAAUGUAACUGCUGCUGGAAUUACUUCGGGAAGUCUUCGAAUCCCCAGAGAUAGCCUGGGACCGCUGCGCUGCAUGCUACGGCCCCUAGUCUCCCGGCGUGCGCGGCAGCUUAUGGCGGCCCUGGUGCAGACUGAUCGGUACAUCGGCGCUGCACGAAAUCCUUAA